UAUUCCCCACUACAGAUUCUUAAUCGUUUCAUAAAAUAUUGUCAAAAUUUACUAAUACAUGUAACGGUACCUGAACUAAAUAAGUUUGCAUAGAUUCACGAUUUCAAAUUCUUUAGUGAUUAGAGAAGUGCCAUCUUGAACAUAGUAUUGUACUCGACCCGCGCGGUCCCGGUCAGUUUCGUGUAUGCAAUAUGGCUGGUCGAGGUGGUUACGAAGAUUUAAGAGAUUAUGGGGGUGGAUAUCGAAGUGGCAGAAAACCAUUGCCAACGGAACCACCUUAUACCGCAUUUGUGGGAAAUUUGCCAAAUGGAAUUGUACAAGGAGAUGUUGAUAAAAUUUUCAAAAAACUUAAUGUUAAAGGAAUCAGAUUGGUUAAAGAUAAAGAAACUGAUAGGUUUAAGGGUUUUUGUUAUGUUGAAUUUGAAGAAUUGGCAGAUUUAGAAGCUGCCUUGGAAAUGGAUGGAGCAGUAGAAGUAGAUAAAAGUGUCAUCAAAAUAGAUGUAGCAGAGGGUAAAAGAAAUGAUCGAGGAGGUGGCUUUGACAGAAGAGGUCGCAGUGGCGGUGGUAGUGGAGGAGGCUUUAGAGGGAGAGAUGGUGGCCGUGGUGGAUAUGGUGAUGAUUUUGGAAGCAAAUCUAUGUAUUCUAGAGGCUAUGUAGGUCAAGGCCAAGGCCAAGGUCAUGCUGGUAGACAAGGUAGUACAUGGGACAUGAGGGGUAACCGGGCUAACUAUAGUCAGUUUAAUGAUGAUACAGGAGGUGGAAGUCGAGAAUGGUCACGUAAUGCGUCAUCUAAAUCAUAUGGCAAUAGACCACCUCCUCGUGGAACUGGGUCUGACCGAAAACCAUUUCAUGAUGAAUCAUUUCACAAAGAUCCACCUCCAGCUGAUACAAGUGGAAGGAAACGUCUGGUAUUAGCACCAAGAACAAUUCAAGAUCCAAUAAAUGCAAUCGCAGAAUCAAGUAAAUCAAGCUCAAUUUAUGGUGGUGCAAAACCUCGGGAGGAAAAAAUUAAUACUGAUGACAAGUAAACACAUUAUCAUUAUUAGUUUCUGAUUCCCUAAAUUUCAGGGAAAGGAACUUUCCCAACAAAAAUAUUUGAAAACAAAAAUCAAGAUCCCCUAGUUUCCUCGAAUGUAGUGGGGAAAAUCUCUUCUGAGAUGAAAUUGGAAUAAUUUUUAUUUAUCCCUAAGGGGAAUCUUUCCCACAAUAAUAAUGAAAAGUGAUUUCAUGAGAUUCUUAAGUUCGACGUAUUUGACAUUUUUAAUUAAAAAUAAAAAUUUUUCAUCGAGUGCCCCCCUCUCUUUACACUAACUUCUUAGUUUUAAAAAAUAUAAUAAUAAAUUGGGAAUUUGAAAUAAAAAUUGUGUGCACCAUCCAUGCUUAAGUAAUAUUGGUUAUGUGUAAUUAUAUAUAUAUAUAUAUGUAUAUAUAUAUAUAUAUAUAUAUACAUAUGGCCAAUCGUAUCACAUAUGUAUGUAUAUAUAUGUGUGUAUACGUGUUUGUACGCAGUUAUAUAUAUAUAUAUACAUAUGUAUGUAUGUAUGUAUGUACACACGUGCGCGCACACACACAAACUUGAAUUAUAUGUGUGUAUAUAUAUGUGUAUACACGUGAAUAAUGAUGUGAUAUGGAAAGUACAUUUUAAUAUUCACGUCAAUUUCAUGUUGGGUAUUUGUAUCAGAUUAUAAUAAUAUUGAUGGUAUGUGUACAAACUAUUACAAAUAUAUACUAUCACCAUACAUACAUUUGAUUCCGUAUAAAAACUGAUCUUCUCUAAUAGUAUCGUACUCGAAUAAUCUUUGUUUUAAGGAGUACAAGAAACAUUGUCCCUCUUUUCAUUUCCUUCCUUAUAAUUUUUAUGUUUCACUUUAACACCAAUCAUUGUAUGAGCAUAUUAAGAUGAUUUAUAAAUAAUUGUUUAAUAUAAAAAGUCAUAUAUGAUAAAAAAUAUUAAACAAUUAUUUACGCGCUUGUGAAAUAACAACAAAUAAUUAUAAAGAAUAAAAAAUAUUUGAGUGAUUGAAAAAAGUAUACAUCACUGAAUGGUAUGAGGAUAAUGUGUUGAUUAUUACGCAUUACUAUUGUGUAACGAAUUAAUUAAUUAUGCUAGUAAUAAAUAUCGAUCAUUUGAAAAGAUGUCGAUGAUUAUGAGAUAAUAAGUAAAGAAAAACUUGAAUUAAUGACAAAUAUUAUAUAAAACUAUGCUUGUAUAUGAUAUUAUUUCCUGAAUAAAGUAGUCGUUUGCCUUGUA